GCCCGGCGGCCGGGGGGCGUGGCCAGGGCUCCCGGUAGCUCCGCCCCUUGCAUCCCGCCCCGCCCGCUCGCCCCGCGGGCCCUGGAGCUCGCCCCGCGCCGCCGCCGCCGCCGCAGGUUUUUUCAUUUUAUACCUGCAAAUUUUCUGCAAUCCAAAGAUGGCAGCAAAUAAGCCUAAAGGGCAGAAUUCAUUGGCUUUGCACAAAGUCAUCAUGGUGGGAAGUGGUGGCGUAGGAAAAUCUGCUUUAACACUACAGUUUAUGUAUGAUGAGUUUGUAGAAGAUUAUGAGCCCACCAAAGCAGACAGCUACAGGAAAAAGGUGGUUCUGGAUGGAGAAGAAGUCCAAAUUGAUAUAUUAGACACAGCAGGGCAGGAGGACUAUGCUGCAAUUAGAGACAACUACUUCCGAAGCGGAGAAGGCUUUCUUUGUGUCUUCUCUAUUACAGAGCUGGAAUCAUUUGCAGCUACUGCAGACUUCAGGGAGCAGAUCUUAAGAGUAAAAGAAGAUGAGAAUGUUCCUUUUUUGCUAGUUGGUAACAAAUCAGAUUUGGAAGAUAAAAGGCAAGUUUCUAUAGAGGAAGCAAAAAACAGAGCUGAUCAGUGGAAUGUUAACUAUGUGGAAACUUCUGCAAAAACACGAGCUAAUGUUGACAAGGUGUUUUUUGAUUUAAUGAGAGAAAUUAGAGCCAGAAAAAUGGAAGACAGCAAAGAGAAGAAUGGGAAGAAGAAAAGAAAAAGCCUAGCUAAGAGGAUCAGAGAAAGAUGUUGCAUUUUAUAAUCAAAACCCUGAAUUCCUUUCCUACCCUGACCAUACUAAUAAAAAAAAAAAACAAAACAUAAUUUAUAAGCAUGCCAUUGAAGGCUCAAGUGACUGAAAUUACUCUAAUAUGUUGGAAAUCGUAAUGUACCACUAAAAGCAUGAAUUGGAGCUGCACUGAAAGUCAAAUUCACUGAAAAAAAAUAAGGUGGCUUCAAGAGAAGCAAAGUUCAGUCCAUUUCAUAAUUGCCUACCUUCUCACAUUUCUUCUGAAUGUAGUGUUUCAUAGGCAGUCUUUUCUUUAAUAGUAAACGGGGAGGGGGGGAGUACUACUUUGUGGGUUCUUGUAAAGCAUACAUUUUUUUAAUCAUUGAUAAUUGUCACUUCAUCUUGUCUUUUGUUGCCUUGAAAAGUACAAUUGUGAACGUGAUACCUAACCAAGCGGUAUGCAGUUGUUUUGACAUGGAGUUAUGCAAAUCGGAAAAGAAUAAUGUAUAUGCGAACAGUUAUGCUGGGGAAAAUUACAUGUGGUUCUGCAUUACCUGAUUAACCUAGAAGAGUGAUGUAAUCUUUUACAUUGAAACAUUUGAAUAUGCCUUAAUUUUAAAACCUAAUCAUAGCAGGUUGCUUAGUCAAGGGUGUAUUUUCAACUUCUUGCAUGGAGACUGUCCCUGUGCAUUGGUGCGAGACUGCCCUCCCUGUAGAGUGCAGUUAUGUGAAUGGUUUUGGUAACUAGCUGUCUGCUAGCAGCGUCUGUUCUGUAAAUGUGUGCCAUACUCUGGUAUUGUGAAUAAUACAGAGCAUACUCAGUCAUCUGUAGCUUGGUAAACAAUAUGGUAUCUUAAAGCUAAAUGGUCAGAAUACGUGUGAGAUGGAGGUCAUAAGGCUAUGGCACAUCUACACCUGGAAUGGUCAUUUAAAACUUAACCCGCUGAUACCUUGAAACUUCCCUUUUGCGAGUAGUUUUCUGUCUAGAUGUUGCUUGGGUUUUAACUCCCUGGAGUAGGGUGGAGUGGAGAUGAUUCAGUAGCGCUAAUUUAUUUUGAGUUAAGAUGUUGUCCGGGAAAUUCUGGUGUCAUCAGUUAAUUUUUUUUGUGUGUGUUCCUGAUACUCAGCUAUGGGAACACGCUGUGUUAUGCUGAAGCUCUUUGCAGGUUUUGUACUGUUUAGUCUAGUUUAUGUUGAUUUUAAAACGGGGAACGUUGUAGCUACUUUUUCUAGUUCAUGUUGAUAUUAAACAAUCAAACAUGCUUUGCAAUAGAGAAACACUUACCAUGUGCAUCCAAAAUCCCCAAACAAAACGUACUGCCUCAGUUGCUUCGGAAUAGCAAGAAUAGCACACGGUUAGCGUGCUGCAUCUUAACUAAAAAUAUACCAGAACGUUUGAGGGUUUUGGACUCCUCUGGGGUAAGAUGGGCUAGAUCAAUUCCACAAACUGUUACACUUUUUAUACAUGUGUAAGCCUAUAACUGACAGUAUAAAAUGUGCUCAAGCAAACUAGGUAACAAAUAUUUAACUUCCAUGCUAACAGACAUUUUAGGGACUCAAGUCUUAGAAGUUAUAUUUGUCAUGUUAAAUAUUUAUCAAUAGGAAUUUUGUAUGUGCAUUUAGUAGACUGCCAAGUGCAGAAUUAAAGUUACUCAUGUAACUAUGGCAAAUAAGCCAAUCUUCAUCUUACUGCGUACUCAUUUUGGUCUAUUUAGCCAGGGAGUGUAACCACUAACAUUGUGACUUUGCUUUGGAACCUGUAUGCUGGGAACUGAGGUGUUAUGAAGCCACCAGACACGUGAAACUUGUCUUGGCUGAUGCCUUACUCUGUCCUUUUAUUUGCUAUUUGAGCCAUUGAAAGAUGAAUAAACUUCCACUUUUUUUAAAUA